AUGAACUGGGAUGAUGACGAGCGCAUACGCCUAAUCAAUCUUCUUAAUUCCUGUGUCAAGCUUACUGAAUUAGGCAACUUCAAUGCUGCAGAUGUUGCAUUCUACCAUCUCUCUCACCUUGCUUCCCCUGAUGGUGAUUCAAUGCAACGCGUUGCCACUUGUUUCAUUGAGGCACUAGCCUAUUGCCAAGUGGCCAAAAAUUUGCGUGGUGUACCCAAAGUUCUCCAUUUGUGGACUAAUCUCAUCAAGUGUUUAAAACCAAGCACACCAACAUGUCCGAAAAUUACUAUCACAGCCAUACAUGAGAAGAAGGAGGUGUUAGAGAAAAUGGGGUUGCAUCUUGGAGUUGAAGCUCAAAGGUUGCUUUUCCCUUUCCAAUUCAAUCCUGUUGUAAGCAGUUUGGAGAACCUUGACCCUGAGACAUUGCCUAUCAAGAAAGGUGAGCCUCUUGCUAUUAGUUCUGUGCUUCAGCUUCACUCUCUUCUUGCCAGUGAUGAUGACGAUGAGAUGGCCAAAAUGUAG